UUACAACAACUUUGAGCUGGUGGUUGGGGGAAGUUUGUGAUAUUACCAAAUAACACCCAGUUUAAAGCCCUGCUUCAACAGCACUGCAUGCAACACACGGUAUUGGCUGCAUUAACUAUGCAGCAUAAAACAAUGUAAAAGACCAUCCAGAGGAUUUGUUUUCCUUAAGGAUUUGGCAACAAUUCGUUCUCAUUUUUAAUCCUGGGAAAAAGUUGCUUUUCCUGGAUCUAUUUUUCGUUUGCUUUUUUAAUUUCGGUGGAGUUCCUCGUUUGCUCCUCCACUGCGUUUCCAUGAAAUCGUGCGGAGUGUCGCUCGCCGCUGCCGCCUGCGCCGCUGCUCGAAGUCUCGGCGCUGCUGGUGAUGAGGAAAAGAAAAUGGCGGCGGGAAAAGCGAGUGAAACCGAAGAGGACUUUCCGAGGCUGACAGCACAGGAGAGGGACAGCUUGGCCGAAAUAGACAGCCGACUGUUUGGAUUUCAGAGGCUUCAUGAAGAUGGCGCCAGAACGAAGGCCUUGCUGUUAAAGGCUGUGCGCUGCUACGACUCUCUAAUCUUGAAAGCUGAAGGAAAAGUUGAGGCAGAGUUGUUUUGCCAGCUAGGUCACUUCAACCUCCUACUGGAGGACUACCCAAAAGCAUUAUCUGCAUACCAGAGGUACUACAGUUUACAGUCUGACUACUGGAAGAAUGCUGCCUUUUUAUAUGGUCUUGGUAUGGUUUACUUCCAUUACAAUGCAUUUCAAUGGGCGAUAAAAGCAUUUCAGGAGGUGCUUUACAUCGAUCCCAGCUUUUCUCGCGCCAAGGAAAUCCACCUGCGACUUGGGCUCAUGUUUAAAGUGAACACAGACUACGAGUCAAGCCUAAAGCAUUUUCAGCUGGCUUUGAUUGACUCGACCCCCUGCACUUUGUCCAAAGCUGAAAUUCAAUUUCACAUCGCUCAUUUGUAUGAAAUUCAGAAGAAAUACCGCACUGCAAAAGAAGCCUAUGAAACACUUUUACAGACAGAAAAUCUUCCUGCACAGGUGAAGGCAACCACUCUGCAGCAGUUAGGCUGGAUGCAUCACACAGUGGAUCAGCUGGGAGAUAAAGCCAAUAAGGACAGCUAUGCUAUUCAGUGUCUGCAGAAAUCACUAGAAGCAGACCCCAACUCUGGACAGUCCUGGUACUUCCUUGGCAGGUGCUACUCAAGCAUUGGAAAGGUCCAGGAUGCCUUCAUUUCCUAUAGGCAGUCCAUUGAUAAGUCGGAAGCCAGUGCGGACACAUGGUGUUCAAUAGGAGUGCUGUACCAGCAGCAGAACCAGCCCAUGGACGCCCUGCAGGCCUACAUCUGCGCCGUGCAGCUGGACCACGGUCACGCGGCGGCCUGGAUGGACCUGGGCACGCUCUACGAGUCCUGCAACCAGCCGCAGGACGCCAUCAAAUGCUACAUCAACGCCACCCGGAGCAAGUCGUGCAGCAACGCCGCCGCGCUCAUGGCCCGGAUCAAAUGCCUACAGGCUCAGUUCUGUAACCUACAGCAAAGUAGUCUACCGAGUAAAAGUAGAAUGCUUCCUAGUAUUGAGGAUGCGUGGAGCUUACCAAUCCCAGCAGAGCUUACCUCCAGGCAGGGCGCCCUGAACACAGCCCAGCAGGCCUGCAAACCUCAUCAGAGUCAGGAAGGAGGCCUGGGCCACCCGCACAUACCCCCGCAGUCACUGGCUCUGCAUAUGGGGCCUUCAGGCCAGGGCGACGACCAAUCGAGUCCUGCCAAGAGGAAGAGAACGUCGAGCCCAGCUAAGAACUCUGCGGAUUCCUGGGCUAACAGUUCCACACCACAGCAAGUCCCUCACUGGUACUUAACGCCACAAAAGCUGCAGCUCCUGGACCAGCUGCGGGCGAGCAGGGCAAACCUGAAGCCGCUGCAGCUGCAGAUGCUGGAGCAGCUGGAAGGCCAGUUCACUCUCAUGCAGCAGCACCAGCAGCAGAUGAGACAAAACGCAGCUGGACAGAUGCGCCCCAGCGCUCCCAACGGGCCCUCGGCCGACUCUACACUGCCUACGAACUCCGCUCAGCACCCCCACGUCGCUCUGUCCCGGACGCCCUCUGCCCCCCAGCCCCCGACCCAGUCCCCCUGCACCGGUCAGCCAAUAGCCAACGGACCUUUCCCAGGCAGCUCCGCCCCCUGCAGCACAGCUGGAAUGCUGGGUACCACAGACACUAUUUCUGUAGGCAAUAAUCACACGACAGGAAUGGGAAGCAACGGAAACGUGCCUUACCUGCAGCAAAACGCACUACCUCACAACUGCACAACCCCAACCAGCAGCAGCAGCAGCACAGAGGAGCCGCGCAAAACCCAACACAUUACCUCCACUCAGGGGCUUCAAAAAGGUCCAGGUUCGCAUUUGGCAGGUCCCAAUGGUGAACCACCUUUCUCUUCCACUGGGGCUUCCCAGCCUUUCCAGGCAGCUGGAACUGGUGUUCAGAAUCAGGUCGGACAUUCCACCAUGCCUAGCAAUUCGUUACUGCAGGGGGCCGCCCCCAAUCACCUGCCCUCUCCUCCUCACACUGCUACCUCAGGUGGACAACAAGGCAUUACCUUAACCAAAGAGAGCAAGCCUUCAGGAAACAGCGCGUCGUCAGGGCCUGACAGCUGCAGGCAUUCCGGAGGGGCGCCCGACAGCACUGCCACUGUAGAGGGACUCCCUAAUCAUGUCCAUCAGGUGAUGGCAGAUGCUGUUCUGAGGCCUAGCCAUGCGGACUCCAGGUCACCAGGUGUACUUAGUUCAGACAAUCCUCAGCUCUCUGCCUUGUUGAUCGGAAAAGCCAAUAGCGACGGGGCUCCCGGGGCCUGCGAGAAGGUCAACAACGUUCACCCGGCCGUUCAGGGCUCCCGGACCCAGGCGAACUCGGUGGCGUCCUCCCCCUCGUCAGUCAUGUCCACAGCCACCCCGUCGCCCAGGUCCCUGGAGCAGGCCACCACCAACAGCGUCAACAGCCUUAACAGCCCCUGCACUGGGUCUGGGCCUACGCUGAAUGGCAAAGGCCUGGAGGACUCUCAGAGCCCCAUGAAAGUGGACCCCCCUGCAAUCAGCCACAAAGCCGCCCUCCCCCUCGCCCCCUGGUCCUCCGUCUCCAUCUACCCCAGCUCUGCCGACGUGCUCAAAGCCUGCAGAAACCUGGGCAAGAAUGGUUUGUCAAACAGCAGCAUCUUGUUGGACAAGUGUCCGCCUCCACGAAUGCCUCCUCCACCCUUUCCCCCGCUGCCAAAGGACAAACUGAACCCACCAACCCCCAGUAUCUAUCUGGAGAACAAGAGGGACGCCUUCUUCCCCCCGCUGCAUCAGUUCUGCACAAACCCGGCGAACCCCGUCACGGUGAUCCGGGGCCUGGCGGGGGCUCUCAAGCUGGACCUGGGGCUGUUCUCCACUAAGACGCUGGUGGAGGCCAACCCCGACCACCUGGUGGAGGUGCGCACCCAGCUGUUCCAGCCCACCGACGAGAACUGGGACCUGACGGGGAGCCGGAAGAUGUGGCGCUGCGAGAGCAGCCGGUCCCACACCACCAUCGCCAAGUACGCCCAGUACCAGGCCUCGUCAUUCCAGGAGUCGCUGCGGGAGGAGAACGAGAAGAAGGGACAGAAGGAGCUCUCGGACACAGAGUCGCCGUCCUCAGAGAAUGCGGGCCAACGAAGAAAGGGUCCCUUCAAACACGUCAAGUUUGGGACAAACGUAGACCUGUCAGACGAGAGGAAGUGGAAGCUGCAGCUGCAAGAGUUGAGUAAGCUCCCAGCGUUUGCACGCGUCGUGUCCGCAGGGAAUCUGCUCAGUCACAUGGGCCACUCCAUCCUGGGGAUGAACACCGUCCAGCUCUACAUGAAGGUUCCUGGCAGCCGCACGCCAGGUCACCAAGAAAACAACGACUUCUGUUCUGUGAAUAUCAACAUCGGACCAGGGGACUGCGAGUGGUUUGCUGUACCGGAGCCCUACUGGGGAGUCAUGAACGAUUUCUGUGAAAAGAACAACAUAAACUUCCUGAUGGGCUCGUGGUGGCCGAACCUGGAGGACCUGUAUGAGGCCAAUGUCCCUGUGUACCGGUUCAUCCAGCGGCCGGGGGACCUGGUGUGGACCAACGCUGGCACGGUGCACUGGGUUCAGGCCAUAGGCUGGUGCAAUAACAUCGCCUGGAACGUCGGGCCGCUAACAGCGUACCAGUACAAACUCGCAGUGGAGCGCUACGAGUGGAACAAACUCCAGAGUGUCAAGUCCAUCGUUCCCAUGAUUCACCUCUCCUGGAACAUGGCCAGGAACAUCAAGGUCUCCGACCACAGGCUCUUUGAGAUGAUCAAGUACUGCUUGCUGAGAACGCUGAAGCAGUGUCAGAUGCUGAAGGAGGCUCUGAAGACCGUGGGAAAGGAGGUGAUCUGGCACGGGAGGUCGAAGGACGAGCCCGCCCACUACUGCAGCGUCUGCGAGGUGGAGGUCUUCAACCUGCUCUUCGUAACGAGCGAGAGCAACUCCCGGAAGACGUACGUGGUGCACUGCCAGGACUGCGCUCGCAAGGCCAGUGCCAACCUGGAGAACUUUGUGGUGCUGGAGCAGUACAAAAUGGAGGACUUGAUGCACGUCUAUGACCAGUUCACAUUAGCUCCUCCUUUGCCCUCAUCCUCAUCUUGACGUUUGCAUGUGUUCUGUGGACAGCAUACACAGUGCACACGGACUAAAUGAACCAUUUCUGAUAUUCAGGAAGUAACCCAGUUGUGCCGUGCUGGUUUCUGUAGCUAUCCCACAAGGCUGCUGGCUACAAGCUGUGUGUCUAUGCAACCUGCCAAGUGUGGAGUGGUCAACCCUAUUGGACUGGAGUAGGUACUGCCCCUCCUCUGGGACUGUUUAAAAGCUGGUUCAGCUCUGCUUAUAUUGGAAAAAUGGAAAAAAUAUGGAAAAUGUUUUGUAUAUAUAAUGUCAACUGGCAACAUCACACAAAGACUACUGACAACUUUCUCUGUUCGUAUUCUGUUUAUGGGCUGAUAAACCUUUUUUUUUUUUUUCUUCCCCCCCUCUUCAAAAAAUUUCCCUCCCCAAAAAUGAGUACUAGCUUAGCUGGUCUUUUGUAUCGUAGAUAGACAUUGGAAGUCUCUUUUGGCAACAAAAUCCAAAAAAAUGUGAAAACUUAGGUGAUAUAAUUUUUUUACGGCUUUUAUG